AUGGCGUCAAAAAGUGACAACAAGCCCAGCACCUGUGGCAACCGGAGGAGGCCAAGCGCGACUAAAGAGGAUGUGAAGCGGAUGUGUCCGCAGCAACGGGCCCGGUACCUGGCCUACGAGGAGCCGCCGAAAGAGGCGAAGACCUGGAUGGCGAUGUCUCGGCAGCGGGUGUCUGCCUGGGAGUCUCCCGGGACCGGGGGGAAGAGACAGACACCUGUCGGUCAUCAACACUGCGACGAGAGGGAUGAGGACGAGAAGAGACGUCACGACCUGAUCAUAGGACAGCUGAAGGCCGCUGAAGCCCGCAACAGAGUUCGACAGAUGAGACUGCAGUAUCGGAGUAUGAGGGUAAGAAUGUCCUCCCUCUUUUGCUCUGUUCCAAAUGGUAACCCACUCUCUAUAUAGUGCACUACUUUGAACAAGAUGCCUAUGGGCCACUGAUCAAAAGUAGGCUCCUACACAACAUGAGAACAACAUGAUAGGGAAUAGGGUGCAAUCUGUCUCCAUAUAUUCACACAGGUUUUUAUUCACAUCGAGUUGAACCGGUCCUCUGUAGCUCAAUUGGUAACGCCAGGGUAGUGGGUUGGAUCCCCCGUACGUACAAAUGAAAGCGUCUGCUAAACGAUAUAUCACUAACUGCGUCUUCUCGUAUUCUGACUGCACACACAGUGAAAACGAGCCUACCUUUAAAUCCACUGUAGAAGUUCCUGUGGUAAGAAGUCAAUGAUAUUUAGUUUUUCCCUCUUCCUCUGCCAUCCCUCUUAAUUAUGAUGUCAAUUACUGGGCCUGAACCACAUUAAUAAUUGGCUUCCCCUCCAUGAGGUCUGAAUAUUAUGUUUCCCUGUCUGUGCAUAUCUCCAUCCAGCCGUGCAGACCGAGGAAAUCAAUCUAAUUUGGGAAGCACCUCUGUCAUCGUAUUCACAUAGUUUUUUUCAUUUUUAUUUAAAUUGAGAUUAAUUGAACUGCUCCCCGAUCAUUGCUAGGCUGUAAUUCCUCUCUGCACACAAUAACAAUGAACCUAGCCUACUAGAAAUUUCACGUGAGAAACCUAUUCUAUUGUCAUAUUUAGUUUACCGUUCCGCUGCCGUCCCUCUUCAUCAGAGCGGUAUCAUCAGUCAUUACGAUGUCAAUUACUGGGCCUGACCCACAACACUAACAGGUUUCUGCUCCGUGAGGUCUGAACCACAAUACUAACAGGUUUCUGCUCCGUGAGGUCUGAACCACAAUACUAACAGGUUUCUGCUCCAUGAGGUCUGAACCACAACACUAACAGGUUUCUGCUCCGUGGACCUGAAUACUAUGUUUCCCUGUUUGUGCAUAUCUCCCUCCCUCCCUCCAUCGAUCCGUCCCUCCAUCGAUUCCUCCAUCCGUCUAUCCGUCCAUGCAGACCCAGGAAAUCAAUCUAAUGAUUUCGUGCCAGUCCAGCGCCCAGACCGCCGUCCGUCUUGAGUUGCUGCUGCCAACAGAGGAAAGCAAGAUAAAUACCAUCGAUUGUCUGGACAAACUGCAGGUGGGUUAAACAGCACCUCUCUCCCAACCCUCUACCCUCCAUAUAUCCCUCCCUACCUCCCAACCCUCUACCCUCCAUAUCUCCCUCCCUACCUCCCAACCCCUUGGAAAGAAAACAGUGUGUGUGUGUGUGUGUGUGUACAUGCUUGUGUGUGUGUGUGUGUGAGCUGCAAGAAGGAGCCUCUCUCUGUGUUUAAUACCUCUGAGAGUUUAAGCCGUUGGGGGGGGGGGAUACUACACAGCCAUAUGGAAUUGUUUUAAGAUGGUCAUACCAUGGGUCAUUUAGCUAUUUCAUUUAGUAUUUUAGGACCCAUUUAGGAAUAGAAAAAAAUAUGUAAAGAAACACAUUCAUACAUUCAGGAAAUACUUUAGUUUGUUUGGACACAUAUUUAACCCCUUAUUUGUGUAGACACAAAACGACCUCCACACUUCUAUACGUUUGUAUCGGUUACCUUCAGAUGAGUCCCGUGACACUUGUUGGGGUCGUAGAGCAAAACGGAGAACGCCAUCUUGUUCGUGAGAGUCAUAUUAGUUUGUAGCUCAAAACGGUUUGGGACGCUACAGACAGAAGUUGGUACAUCAGCGUUACAGACUUCAGACGAGGCCCGUGACACUUGGGGGUGUGGUAGAGCAAAAUGGUAUAAUAGUAUGUAGGACGCCACAGACUUCUUUGUGGAAGAAGCGAUUGUGGGAUGUCCGUGGUCUGACAAACGCGCUCUGGCUCUGUAUUACCUUCAGAUGUGGAAGUGUUACAUCGGCGGACGCGGUGGAUUGAGACUCAUCCGAUGCAAAAAGAUGUCUCUAGCUUAAACUGACAGAUUCUUUAUGGGGACUUUUUUUAUUGCGUUACUUAGAUUGAUGCACCGGUGCGUCAGUAGACUUUUAAAACUGAAUUCCCUCGUGUUGUCUUUGAUGCUUUGCAUUCAAAUGAGGUACACAUGUCUGUCUCGGAAGAUUACAAUAAGUCAUAUUUGCCUUUCGAGCUAUUCGUUAUUUCUGUUCUGUCUCAGCGUUGAUAUGGUGACAUACAACACACAGCACUCUGGAGGAUACACAUGGGUUGACAGUCUUCUUAUUGAGUCACAACACUACUGAUGCUACCGACCGACCAACCGCCUGCCACCACUGUCAGGGGAUGACACAGGCUCUCCACGGAGGGUGAGACAGAGAGGGUGAGACAGAGAGGGUGAGACAGAGAGGGUGAGACAGAGAGGGUGAGACAGAGAGGGUGAGACAGAGAGGGUGAGACAGAGAGGGUGAGACAGAGAGGGUGAGACAGAGAGGGUGAGACAGAGAGGAGAGCGCGAUAUGCACUUUAUGGCAGCGAGGUGUGGGGUCCACUUGCAAAACAAGAUUUCACCAAUGGGACAAACACCCCAUUGGAACCCUGCAUGCAGAGUUCUGUAAGAUUAUCCUACAUGUCCAGAGGAAAACUACAAACAAUGCAUGCAGGGCAGAAUUAGGCCAAUAUCCACUAAUAAUAAUACAAUUUAAAAAAGCUAUUCAGUUUUGGAAACAUCUAAAAUACAGUGACCCCCGAGUGGCGCAGCGGUCUAAGGUACUGCAUGGCAGUGCUUGAGGCUUCACUACAGACCUGGGUUUGAUCCCGUGCUGUAUCACAACCGGCCGUGAUCGGGAGUCCCAUAGGGCGGCGCACAAUUGGCCCAGCAUCGUCCGGGUUUGGCCAGGGAAUGCCGUCAUUGUAAAUAAGAAUUUGUUCUUAACUGACUUGCCUAGUUAAAAUAAAGGUCACAUAUCAUUACCAAGCCCUGCAAAGAAAAGAGUCCCCUCAUCCAGCUGGUUCUGGGGCUGAGCUCACAAACCUGUUCUACUAACACACUGAAGCCUCAGGACCAGAACAUCCAAUCAAUCAGAAUACACCAAAUUACAACACAGUCAAAGCAAAACUACAUUACCUAUUGGGAAACACAAGCGAAAUGCAGUGCUAUCUGGCCCUAAAUCAACAGUACACCAUGGCAAACUAUUUGACCAUGGUUACUGAUCAAAACCUUAGAAACACCUUGACAAAGUACAGGCUCAGUGAGCACAGCCUUGCCAUUGAGAAGGUUAGACACAGGAAAACCUGGCUCCCUGUAGAGGAAAGGCUGUGCCACCACUGCAUCACAGCAGAACCUGAGACAGAGCUGUAUUUCCUGACAAAAUGUAAAAAAUAUAAAACAAUUAGAGAGUGUCAUUUCAUGAGAGAGAUCAAAAGAGAGGGCAAGAGAGAGAGAGAGCGCAAAAGAAAGAGAGAGAGAGAGAGAGAAAGGAGAGAGCAAGACAGAGAGAGCGAGAGAGAGGGAGAGAGACAGAGAGAGAGAGCGAGACAGAGAGAGAGAGAGAGAGAGCGAGAGAGAGAGCGAGACAGAGAGCGAGAGAGAGAGCGAGACAGAGAGAGAGAGAGAGCAGAGAGAGAGACAGAGAGAGAGAGAGAGAGAGAGCGAGAGAGAGAGAGAGAGGAGAGAGAGAGCGAGAGAGAGAGAGAGAGAGACAGAGAGAGAGAGAGAGAGACGAGAUAGAGAGAGAGAGAGAGAGAGAGAGAGAGAGAGAGAGCAGAGAGAGAGAGAGAGCUAUAAGAGAGAGAGAGAGAGAGAGAGAGAGAGAGAGAGAGAGAGACAGAGAGAGAAAGGCAUUUAAACUAUCUCAGCUCAGCAGGGGAAGGGAAUGUGAAUAAUAGCUGAGGCACUUCAGAAAAUGUAAAUAUGUAAUUCAACAGCGACAGACAGGUGAACCUUUUCAGCAUACUGACCACAUUUCACUGACAUACCGAGACAUUAUUCACACAGGCGGUUCAACAACGAUUUCCUAUCUCUGUAGUGUGUGUGUGUGGUGUGUGUGUGUGUGUGUGCGUGCGCGUGUGUGUGUGUGCGUGUGUGUGUAUGUGUGUGUGUGCGUGCGUGCGUGCGUGCGUGUGUGUGUUUGUGUUUGUGUGUGCGUGUGCGUGUGCUUGCGUGCGUGCGUGUGUGUGUGUGUGUGAGUGUGUGUUUGUGUGUGUAGGUUGCCAGUAUCUGAGCUGCUACGCUCUCCUCAUUGUACUCCGUAUCAUUUUCCAAAGACAAACGGCACAUGACACGGAGUACAAGGAGUGGAAUGUUACAGAGACUGGUACAAAUAGUGUUUGUGUGUGUGUGUGUGUGUGUGUGUGUGUGUGUGGACAUGUUUAACUAUUCUUGUGGGGACCAGAAGUCCCCACAAGAAUAGUAAACAAAUAAAAAUUUAACCAACUGGGGACAUUUUGUUAGUCCCCACGAGGUCAAAUGCUAUUUCGAGGGGGUUUAGGAUUAAAAUGUAGUCAUUUAGCAGACACUCUUAUCCAGAGCGACUUACAGUUAGUGAGUGCAUACAUUUUCAUACUGGCCCCCCGUGGGAAUCGAACCCACAACCCUGGCGUUGCAAACGCCAUGCUCUACCAACUGAGCUACACGGGACUACGACAUUCAUCUGCUACUAAUACACAUAGCAGGGCCUUCGAAAACACAAAUACGUUUCACACAUUCAAUUCAGGCAGUACAAUUUCUCAAUCCCUGGACUAGCUUGUUUCAUGUAGGAUAUCUUACUUAGUGUUAGGGUUAGAAUUAGUGUUAGGGUUAGAAUUAAGUUUAGGGUUAGGGUUAAGGUUAGGACUGCAUUUUUGCUUUGUGUUUCUCCAUGGAGAGUGUCAUUCCCUGACAGUGGUGGCAGGCAGUUGGUCGGUCGGUAGCAUCAUUUACAUUUACAUUUUAGUCAUUUAGCAGACGCUCUUAUCCGAGAGCGACUUACAGUUAGUGCAUAAAUCAUUUUUAUACCCCCCCGUUGGGAAUGGAACCCACAGCCCUGGUGUUGCACAAGCGCCAUGCUCUACCAACCUGAGGCUACGAUCCCCAUGCCAGGCCCAUUCCCCUCCCCUACCCUGGACGACGCAGGGCCAAUUGUUGGGGGCGCCGCCCCCAUGGGUCUCCCGACCCUGGACGACGCAGGGCCAUUGUGCGCCGCCCCCAUGGGCCCCGAUCCCGGGACCGACGCAGGGCCAAUUGUGCGCCGCCCCAUGGGUCUCCCGAUCACUGGAAACGAAGGGAAACAUUGUGAAGCCGCAACCCAUGGGUCCCCGAUCCCUGGACGGACGAUGGGGGCCAAUGUGCGCCCGCCCCCAUGGGUAUCACGGGAUCCCUGGACGACGCUGGGCCUAAUUGGGGCGCAGCCCCCAUGGGUCUCCCGAUCCCUGGACGACGCUGGGCCAAUUGUGCGCCGCCCCAAUGGGUCUCCGAUUUCCCUGCGACGAAGCUGAGGCCAAUUGUUGCGCCGCCCCCAUGGGUCUCCCGAUCCCGGACGACGCUGGGCCAAUUGUGCGCCGCCCAUGGGUUUCCGAUCCCUGGACGACGGAUGGGCCAAUUGUGGCGCGCCCAAGGGGUCUCCCGAUCCUGAAGACGGCAGGGACAAUUGGGCGCCGCCCUGGCAUGGGUCUCCCGUCCCUGGACGACGCUGGGCCAAUUGUGCGCCGCCCCCAUGGGUCUCCAUAAGAAGACUGUCAACCGUGUAGCCUUCAGAGUGCUGUGUGUGGGUUGUUACCUGCAGUGUUAUUAUACCUGGUCAAGACCUGUCAUUCAUGCUUUCCAAAUAGAGAUGAAGCUGAAUUAUCUUGAUUAGAAUGAUUAGUAAGAGCGAAGGGGGCUACAAAGAGGAAAAGAAAGGGAGAAGAGAAGCACGGAGGCUUGAGAGAUGAAGCGGAGGACGAAGACGCGGACAGGAACGGCAGUGGAGACGAGAGCGCGAGCGCGCGCGAGGCGAGAGAAAGAGAGAGCGCGCGCCGCGGAGCGAGAGAGCGACGCGCGCGCGCGAUGGAGCGGCGCGGGCGCGGGCGCGGGCGCGCGCGAAGCCGAGCGGAAUGCUAAGCGCGAGAAGAGUACCAGCGCGCGCGCGAGCGCGGCGCGCGACGCGCGCGCGCGGCGCGGCGCAGCGCGUCGGCGCAAGGCGAGCGAGCGGCAGAGGAGGCGCGAGCAGGGAGGGGGACGACGCGGACCACCCGAGAGAGGGGAGAGCGAGAGAGAGGGAGGCGCGGGAGCUGGGAAGAGGGAGAGGGAGAGCGAGAGAGAGCAGCGAGAGAGACGAGAGGCAGAGUAGAAGAAGACGAGGUAGAGAGAGAAGCAGAGGCGAGAGAAGGAAAAGAGACAAGAGAGAGGAGGAGAGAUAGAGAGAGAGAGAGCAGGAGAGAGGGAGGGGAGAGGCGAGAGGGAGAGGGAAGAGGGAGAGGGGGAGAGGGAGAGAAGAGAGCAGAUAGAGAGAGAGAGAGAGAGAGAGAGAGAGAGAGGAAAGUAGCGAGAUCUCGGGGGGGGGGAGAAGUAUUCUCGCUCUCUCUCUCUAUACCUCUACUCUUUCUCUUCUCUUAUCUGUUCUCGCUCUGUCUCUUCUUCAGAAGACGAGAGAGAGAGAGACCGAGAGAGAGAGCGAGGAGAGCGAAGAGAGAGAGAGAAGAGAAGAGGGGAGAGAGAGGAGAGAGAGGAAAAGGGGAAAAGCGGAGAGAAAAGAGAGAGAAGAGAGGGCCCGGGAGCGAGGCGAGAGAGCUAAGGCUUCAGAGGCGCGCCCAGAGAGCCGAAAGGGGCGGCCGCGCGCGGGGGGGGAAGAGAGCGGAGAGGAGAGAGACGAGAGAAAAGGAGGAGAGCGGAGACGGGCGCGCGGCGAGGCGGAAAGGGGGAAAGAAAAGAGAGCAGCGAGAGAUAGCGGCGGGGACAGAGAGGGGAGAGAGAGAGGAAAGAGAUAAUAUAGAGAAGAUCAAGGAACGAUAGAUGAAGAAGAGAAGUCUAAGAAGAUAGAUAUAUAGAUGAGACUAGACGAGAUAGAUAAAGGAUAUAUAGCUCAAUAUCUAUACUAUUAGAUCUUGUAUUCUAUAUCCCCCCUCUCUCUCUCUCCUACUCUAUAUACUGAUAUCUCUCUUCUCUUAUAACUAUAAUAUCUCUAUCUCUUAGCUCUCUCCUCUCUCUCUCUCUCUCUCUCUCUCUCUCCCCUCUCUCUCUCUCUCUCUCUCUGCCUGGUAAUUCUUCCCAUCUUCAUAUAAUUUUCUCUCUCACACAGAGAAAGCGAGUCGAGGAGAUCCUAGACGACGAGAAAGGAUUGACGAUAAAACGCCGUUGAGACCUGCUGUCCUCUGCUUUGACGUUUUUAAAAAAAGGGAACUGCCUGUCUAUUUUACUGCACUGGCUUUAUAGAAACUGUCCUAGCAUUUUCAUGCGGU